CGGGUGGAGCAGGGAAGCGGGCCGGGGGUAUGUCGCGGGUUCCUGGGGGUGGGCCCCUGCCUCCCCCUUGGCCUUGACAGUGGCUGUAUUGCUCAGGCGGCGCUGCCCUGCGGGGUGGCAUGAGAAGCGGGCCGGUGGGACUAGCGCCUUUGGAGGAAGAGUGAAGACCUGCGUGUACUAAAGAGCAACCGCACAGGUGUUGUCCUGGGGGCUGCCUGCUUACCGCUGCACUUGCUGGAGGUGUCACAGAAAUGUGCAGUAGCAGACGGGGAAGAACUGCAUCAUAGGCUAGUUUUCAGUAGGACUUGGGCAGAGAUUAACACUUAUGUAAUCAGACGAUGUGGGUUGUGUGUAGGGUGACCCUAUCUCCCUAUGCUGAAUAUAGGACAGAAAAAAUUACUCACUUUCAAGUGAGUGGCCAUCUGUCUUAUUUUUUAAAGUUUGAGAGCUCACAGGGAGAAAACAUGCAUACGCAUGCAUGCACACUACACAGUGGGUAGUAGCAUAUCCUUGCAGAACUCCUCUCUUUUCCCCCACCAUCCACUAUUUUGUCCCUGCCUCCCUGCCCACUGUCAAAAAGCAGCUAACACCUUAAGGUUGCUGCUGGCUACUAACAUAAUCCAGCCUCCUCCUGGAUACAGCACAGGCAAGAAGAGGUUAAAUCUUAAGCAUGUAUUGUGCUCCAGGGCCCAGAAAACCUGACUGGACGGACUUCAGGGAACUCAGUUAGAGAGAUGACUCAACAAAUGAGUGUCUCCAGACAGAACCAUCCCAUACAGAGCCAAAUCCCCACCCACCCCCAAGCUUCUGUGCAGCUUCUGUGCAGCCUAAUACAGAGAGCCUAAUACACUUUUGCCUGGACUAGGGAUGUUAAAUUGCAGGUAGUCAGCUAGUCGAGUAGUCAAUGAACUUUCCAUCGACUACUCGAUUCGUUGAUAAGAGGGAAACUGGCUGGGAGCUAACCCUGCUGCAUCUCUGCCUUCUAAAUGUAUUAAAAGUUGCCAGGCUCUAAAUACCUCUAGAAGGCAGAGGCAUAAUGGGAGAAAAAGGUGUGAGCCGGGACAGCUGAUUCCUGGCCCUUUUAAGCUGUCUUCCCCCAGCACUGGCUCCUGCUUCCCCCAACUUCUGCUUCUCUCUCAUGGUGGCAGCAAGUCGGGGACAGAGGGAAGUGACUAAUGGAGUCAGUACUUGACUACCCAAUAAACAUAUGCUUAUUGGGCAGUAGAUGAGUUGCUUAUAUCCCUAACCUGGACUACCCCACUGAGCCUGUUACUUCUCUAAGCCCCAGACAUAUGCACCUGGGCCCCCAUCCAAACAAGCUUCACACACACACACAAUAGAACCCAUUUUGAGAACCAUUCACAUACAUCCAGACCUCUCAUGCAGAGUACCAACCACUGUUCCUGCAUCCAGAACUCCCAUACUUCAAGCCCCCACUAGUCCACCUGCAUCCACAUUGCCCCGUACAGAACUCACUCCACACCUGGAUCCCCUCCACCCACACACUAAACCCCUUUACAUUUGGAUCUUGCCAAUCUGGACCUGCCUCCCCAUACCUGAUGCGCUUGGUGUAGAGGGACAGGAUCCUGGGAUAUAUUAGGAGCAGGCUUGGCUCUUCCCUUGUUUUAGGCUUCGGUGCAGCUAGUCCAUAAGGGUGAGCAUAGGGCUGUACGAUGAUCAUCCACCUCCAUGCAGCCAGUGACCUGUGUUUUCCACUGCCGUGAUGGAACCUCCAUAUUUAUUCAUUAACAAACAGCAUUUGCAGAAGGUGCUGUUUUCUUCUGAUCUGUGCACCACAUGCAAGAAAAGAUUUUUGUAAAUAAGAUGCAUUAUACUUUAGAGUUGAGGAUCCUAAUCAAGAGACUAAAUCUUUUAUUAAGAAUAACUGGAUUCCUACAGUGCCAACAUGGAAGUUGUUUUGCACUAUCGACCAUUUCAGAAUGACCUCACAAAAUUGAAGAAACGUGCAGAAGAAACACUGAAAGAGUUUCCGAUUCGGCAACUUCCAAGAUUUCUUCCCUGGUUUCCAAAUGACUCACGCAAACUUCCCCUCAAGCCUAAAAGACAGCCACCUGUUAUUUCUCAUGAGAAAGCAGAAGAAGUGAAACAACUUGUUAACGCUUCAGAGCCUUUUAUUGGGUCUCGGUAUUAUGACUGUACAGUAGACCUUCUGGAGUUUCAGUCUAAUUUGAAAACUGGUCAAAGUUUAAUCGAGGUACAAAUGGUGCGUGCACAAAUUUAUUCAAGCAAUCUGGAAAUACAAUCAGCAAAUGAAAAACCAAAAUUGAGACGGUCUUGGAGUAUCUCGGUCCCUAAUCCUGCACUUAAAGAAAAAAUUCUUCCCUUAUCUAGAGAACUGCAAAGUAAUUUAGAAAGACUGAAGCUGCAUGCUUUUUAUAGAGCAAAGUGGACAAUUGAGCAAUCUAUUUGUAGUAAUCAAACUUUAGAGGACAUUUGGAUAAAACUGAACACAAUGAUCAAACACAAUGAAUUGCCAUCUUGCAAUGCUACAAUCCAGAGAUGCUUGGCCCAGAUAUGGGUUUUCUGUGACAUAUUAUACAGUGAAUAUGUUGGCAAUCUUCUUAGAGAAAGAUUAAAUCUUACUGGGAGAAUGAACUUGUUUGUACAUAAGUACGGAAUUAUAUUUAGUUUGUAACUUUUAAAAUCAAAAGAAAAAAUAUUACUGGCUGAAGUAUUAGGGUAUUUUUUAAAUAGAUGUAAAGUCUUUCUGCAUAUAUUGCAUAUUUGCAAACAAUUGAUGAAUUCAAUAUCAGUAAACUCUAUGAACAUUAGAAUUGUUUAUAUAUAAAUCUGCUUGACCGUAAAUUAUAUCAAUGUAUUUUGUAGUUAUUACGAAUAUUAUAAUAGCUUUUGUGUAACACUUUUUUCCUUCUCCAUGCACAGAGUCAAAGUCCGUUGUUGAGUGACUCUUGCAGAUCUGUGUUCAGAAAAUGAAAUCUGAACUUCCUUCCUGUACUUACUGACUGCUUUUUCUCUUCCCCUGAUUUCAACUCGUAUUUUUUUGAAGUGCCACGAUGAUGGAUUUUGGUUUUUCUCCUAGAGCUCCAAGAUGUUAAUUAACUUCAAGCAAUAACUCUCAUAAGGAUGAACAAUUUGUUUAAAAUGUAAAUUGAGUUACAUUCCAUGCACACCUUCUCAUCUCAUACUUAUUUGGUAUUUUAGAUAAAAUAAUUCAUAAUAAUAAAAAUAAAGAUUAGGAAAAAGUUAUUUGUAUUACGUAGUAAGUUCUUUCAUCUCCAUUAUUUUAUGCUUUUUCAAAUUAUAUUUUUCUGGUGUCCCUGCUUUUGGAUCUCUUCCUACAUUUGAGCUUCAGUAGCUUAUAAUUAUAGCUAUUUUAAAAAGUGCUAGGUUAAUAGUUAUUGAACCAUCAGCAUCUUGUAAAAUUAGUCUGUCUGACUUGUUAAAUUUUACAUAUUGAUGACUUAAACUGCCCCACAGGAUAUAUUGAUAGGUUACACUGUUGGAAAGCAGGUUGGAAAGCAGCAUGGCUUGCAGUGACAUGAGAGAAGAGAUCCAUCUUCAGUAUGAAUGUUGAGUAUAUUCCCUUUCUCUUCAAAGGGUUUCUUAUAAACUGUAGAGCAGGUACCUUGAGAACCUGUAAGAAUGCAUGGGCAUAUACAGGGGACCUCUGCUAGGAAAUUUACAGUUAUUGCUAACUGUCUUGGAAGAAUCUGUAUCCUAUCUAGAGGUGAAUUGUUACAGUAGCCUGUAGCAAUGAGGGAAGGUGAGAAAAUAGUGAAUGGGGAUUCCAGGUUGUUGCAUGAUAUCCCAAAGGCCAAUACUUCAGAUUGACGUACAGAGUAUUUCUGAGGAGACCCAACUGUUGGAAAAAUUAAUCAUUUUUAAC